AUGAAAAAUUUAAAAGUAUUAUAUUUUUUUAGUAUUUUAUGCUUCAGCUUAUAUAUAACACUUUUAUAUAAGGUUAAUUUAUUUGUAACUAUACCUAAUGACAUAUUACAUAAAUUUGAUUUAAAAAUAUGUCAUAAAAAAGAAAGAAAUCUUGCAGAAGGUAGUUCUUUAGGAUUAAAUAGGAAACGUAAACAUGAUGGUUCACUAACAUAUGAUGAAUCUUUAUCUGUAUCUACCGCUGGUGAUAUAGAAUUUUUAGCUCUUAAGUUAUCAACGCAAAAGGUCGUUGAUAAUUUUGGGGGUUUGAAUGAAGAUGCUAUGAAUAACAUUGGAAUUUUUUGUAACAUAAUUUUACCAUUGCUUAGAACUUAUAAAAUUAUAUAUUCAGAAGAAAAAAUUAGAAAUAUGGCAAUGAGGAUAAUUUGUCGUAUUAGGGAAAUAUUUUCUGAUGGACCUUUAACAACUGAUCAAAUUAAUUGUAGAUUAAAACUUUACAUGUUUGAGAAUGUGUUAUCAUAUCAUGUAUUAAAAGAAGCGAGUUGUAAAAGUAAUGAAGAGGAGAGAAAUCGUGUUAUAGAUGAUAUAGAUUCCAUAAAAGGAUUAGUUAAUAAUACUUUUAAUGAUUCAAAGGUUGUGUUACAAGAACAUAUGGUAAAUUCCAUGGCAUUAAGAAUAAGUGAAAGCAUCCGAGACUUAUUUGAUGAACUAUAUCCAAAUGAAUUAGGUUCAGCAAAGAAUGAAAGGACUAAUUGA